AUGUACUUGUACAAAUGUCAGCAUGGAAAGCAAAAGUACACAAGUAAGGAUCUAUUCAAGCGAGGUCGCGUGAUUUCUAUGAGCGAUGUACAAAAUAGCUGCCGCGGUUUGAAAUGGAUAAACAAGAAGAAACAGUGCGCCGAUAUACAACUGCGUACUAAUUUGGUUUUGACCGCCAAAGAUGAUCUUCUUCCGCUGAACACGCUUCAGAAAGCCGUCCCGUUUUUCCGCUGA